UUCCAGGAAUCUCACAAAGUCACACUAUAUCCCUUUGCAUACGCUUCAAAUAAAUUGUUUUCAGUUUGAAAAACAAAUGAACCAUGCAAAUUCUGACUGUGGUGUGUUUGGGACUUGUCUUGAGUAGAUCGUUGUCGGAGGCUGAACUUGGAGUGAUCGGCGAUAUAAGCGACGAAACCUUCGAGAUGUUGAUAUCUGGAGGGUAUAAGCCAAAGAGCAACCGACUGUCCCGUCACGUGGUCUCGAUCCGCACCCACAACUAUGUGAGGCACCGGGGAGACAAUCACUUCUGCAGCGGAGUCCUGGUGAGCAGUCGAGCGGUCCUCACAGCCGCCCACUGUCUAACGGAUCGGUACAAGGCCUCGAUGAAUCCACGGGGCAUUCGGGUGGUCUUCGCACAUAUAACUCGACUGGCGGACUACGAGGAUGCCGACACAAGAGCCGUCGAUCGUCUGGUGGUCCAUCCGGAGUACGAGCGCUACAAGAAGAACGACCUGGCCGUCCUCAGACUAGCCGAACGCAUCCCGAGCUCCAACCACGACGUUCUGCCGCUGCUCUUGCGCAAAAUGGCCAAUGUGACCUAUGGCGAUACAUGUGUGACCCUUGGCUGGGGGCAGGUAUAUCAGGAAUCUCACAAGGUCACACUAUAUCCCUUUACAUACGCUUCAAAUAAAUUGUUUUCAGUUUGAAAAACAAAUGAACCAUGCAAAUUCUGACUGUGGUGU